AGUAUUACAGACAACAUGUUCUAUUGAAUGCCAGAGAGUGUGGAACCUCUGAACUGUGGUUUAAUACUGUGGUGUGUGUGCAGUCUAGCUGAAUUGGUUUCUUUCAAAAUGUCACUCAGGACUGUAAACCUCACUGCCUGGUCUUUGUUCUUCCAUCCUACUAACACCUGAAAAAACAUCUACAAUCUCAAGAUAUCUGUCUAAGUAGGACACAGAUAAAUAGUCUAUAUUUGUGGCUUCAGCUAGUAAGAUUUUUUUCUGUUUGUGUUUAUACAAGCAUCCAGACAAAAAUAAAAUGUGACAGCCAACACUUAUCUGAAAAAAAACAACAAAACAAAACAAAAACACACUGCUAAAAUCACGACCAGCACCAGCAAUAUAGGAAAUAGCAAUAGUAUUCACACCCUAGUGGCUUCACUGAACAGACUACUGGGACGGAGAGAGGAGGAGGUACCACGAGGGAGUCUGGCGAGAGGCGAUUCAUCUUUUUCUUAAGUAAAUAUUGUACUAUUGUAUUUCUUGUUAUUGUAUUUUUGCAAUGGUCCUGCUGAAAGAUCUGGAGUUGUUUGCAGCCUCAAAGAUUCUCUUCCUGCCCUGACCAACAUGCUAAUACCUAAAGAAGAAAAGAAUCCCACAGGGUUAUACUGUUCAAGUAUGUUCUGAUCUUCUUCUGCAUAUUUAUUACCUCCACUCUGGCUUGUGACAAGCUAAAAUCGCAACUUUUUAUGUCAUUCUUUCAGCAACUGUUCUCUAAGUUUGAUUAAAUUUCCUUUUUUGGUAAACUGUAAAAGUUAUGUCCAAGAUAAGCAAAAUUCUAGAUGAAAAUAUUUUUAAAGUUUUGUUGUUUUUGGUCUCUCAGAACUUUUUCAUUCCUGAAUGGGGAGCAUAAAAAUAUUUGUGACAUUAACUAGUUUCUAGUUAAGCAUAACCAUAAUUUUCAUCACUUAUUCUGUUUUUGUUUUUCUUUUUAGGGGGAAUGCAUAUUAGUUUUUCCUCUGUGAUGCAUCCUAUGCUCUAAUGAAAUAUCCCGUAGUUACAUGCUGUCCAUGUGCUGAUUUUUUUUUUUUUUAAUAAACCAGUGUGACGCUGAUGAGUUGAUUUCACUCAAUCUAAUUUGAGCAUCAUGUUGUCAAGCAUUUUAUCACGAUUUUAAUUCUCGAAAACUUCCUCUGCGUAAGCAGCAAAGCAAAGUUCAACGUGACGCGCAUGACCUCACCCUAAUCGGCAGUGACGUCACGGUGCGUCGUAUUUCUAUUUUUACUCUACAAAAGCUUUGUUUGUACAGGGGUGCACCAGCAGUUUGAAACACCUUUGAGGGAAAAUAGUGGGGUAUUAAAAAGUCUGAAAAGCUAAAAACAGAAUCCCUUUGCGCUCUUUUUAAGUUUGCCUCUCAUUAUGCGCAAUUGCGCAGCAAGACAGAUGAAAUGUGAUUCCAGCAGCGUGAUGCACUGGGUUGAAAUUACCGCAGAGCGUCAGGGAGAAACCCCUUCAGUUCUGACCCCGUUGAUGGCAAAUGCACAUCCAGAUUCUCUCACAUGACCAGAACUAGCAACUGGUCAGAUAGUUAACGGGGCUGAAAAGACAGAGCGAUUUGCCGCAGACAUUUAUAUCUUGGAGACGGUAAGCAUGAUUGGGACUCCUGGCUGUCGUGACUUGUGGCAAUUUGCAUGAAGAUUGCGGAUGCGCUCUUUCCAAGUCUGGAUAUUCAGGCGGAGGCACCAUGGACGCAGCGGACGUAGUUGCUUCUUUGCUGAUUUUGGGGAUUAUCAUCGUGUCGCUGCUCUCCAACGUCGUAGUGCUGAUCUGUUUUCUGUACAACCCGGAAAUCCGCAAGCAGGUGCCCGCUCUCUUCAUCCUCAACUUGUCGUUCUGCAACCUGUUGCAGAGCGUGUCCAACAUGCCUCUAACUUUGUUCGGGCUCGUCACUUCGGGGCACCCCGGAGGCAGCGGCUUCUGUCAGAUCGUGGGUUUCCUCGACACUUUCCUCACCACGAACUCAAUGCUCAGCAUGGCAGCGCUCAGCAUCGAUAGGUGGGUGGCGGUGGUGUUCCCGCUGAGCUAUCACUCGCGAAUACGCCACCGGGAUGCGGUACUGGCGCUGGCGUACACCUGGAUACACUCGAUGUGCUUCUCCGCGGUGGCCACCUGCCGCUCCUGGCUCGGGUACAACCACCUUUACGCGUCUUGCACCCUCUGCAGCGUCCGGGCAAAGGCGGCUGGGAAACAGUUCAUUGUUUUCACUGUAGCUUUGCAUUGUCUCACAUUCCUCCUCACGCUGAUCGUGAUGUGCGUAACAUACCUGAAAGUGCUAAAAGUUGCAAGGUCUCACUGCAAGCGCAUCGACGUGAUCACGAUGCAGACGUUGGUGCUGCUGGUGGAUAUUCACCCCAGUGUUCGCCAGAAAUGCCUGGAGGAGCAGAAGCACAGGAGGCAGAGGGCCACCAAGAAGAUCAGUACAUUUAUCGGCACAUUUGUGGUCUGUUUCACACCUUACGUCAUUACAAGAAUUGUAGAGCUCUUCUCUCCAGGGCCCAUAAACCCUCACUGGGGUGUCUUCUCCAAAUGCCUGGCCUACAGCAAGGCAGCCAGUGACCCGUUUGUCUACUCACUGCUGCGUUACCAGUACAGAAAGACCUGCAGCCUGCUGGCCAAUAAAGCUCUCAAGAGGAGUUCUCUGAACUCAUCCUCCAUCAGGGUAGAAAACAAAGCUAGGACUACUGCAGUCAAUUGCAAUGCAACGGUCAGUAUCCAACCACCAACUACUCAGCCAAUGAAGGCAAUCAUAUGUAGAGAUGUAUAUCAAACUCAAGACGGCCGAUUGACCUCUUUGUAGCAUCAUAGCUCAAAACGUGUGCCUCUCAGUUGUUCGCCGGGGAACAAAGCUGGUAAUACUCUAUAUCUAUUUUUUAUAGACAAAAUAGGUUCAUGAAAACAUCUGAGGCAAACAUGUUGUGUCUCUUUAUAAUGCCUGACUCACUGAGCUGCGCAUUUGUUCCUGCACAGGGCAUAAUAUUUUCAAAAGUAGGUCACAAAAAAAAACCCACAUUUUUUUAUUAUAGUCACAGUUGUCUUUCUUAUUGGUUGCCGGUUAGAAAACCUUACAAGGUCUUACAUAGAUGCAUAUACACAGACACCCACACACGCACACCUUACAACCUCCGAUCUAUGGGCAAAAAUGCUUCAUCGUGUCAAUUUUAUUUUCACAAUCUCAAGAGCACAGUCUGUAGAAUGUAUAUACAAAAUAAUAUCCCUGCUGGGAUGAAUAAAGUAAUUAUUCUUCUUCGAAUACAAUACUACAUUAACUCAAUGUAAUGCCAUGAGGAAGUUCUUUUGUCCAUGUCUCGAUCCCAGUGUGGAAUGUGUGCAUGUGGUGCACACGUGCACACAUGCGUGCACCAUGCAUGUAUAUGUAAAACAUGCAUACAAAUUACUGAUGUUUUAACACUGACUGCAAUUUUAGCUCUGAAAACAAGUGUAGCUCUUUAACUUAUGCAUAGAUUAUCAUGGCAUUACUUUCCCAAUAGCUUUGUAGCCUCAUUUUAAAUUUGCUCCAAGCAAAAAUAGUAUAAAGAAAGCAACACUUUCACUAAAGGACAGGGUGCCUUUUAUGGUAUCUACAGGGUAUACGUCCCCCAUUGCUCUAAUAUUAGAGAGAUGAACUCUGCAGGAGUAUUUUCUUAUACCAUAGUGGCUCUUAUGUACUUAUGCAGUCUGAAAAUACACUGAUUAGUCCAUUGCUUGUAUAACUGUGUUAAAUUCAUUUUUACCUCAGUAACGAUUUAUUAUUAUUAUGUUGGAGAAUUUGCUGUCCAUAGAAAGUACAGAGGUGGUAUUGUGCACUAAACUGAGGGGUUUUAUUGAAACCCCGGUAUAUUGUGACUGUAAAGUGUAACUUAUGAAGUGCCUUUUAGAUGAUGAAUUUUAGUUUAAUCAAAACACAACAGAUCAGACCUUAUAAAUACUUUCUCAGUAUUUUGUUGUUUGGUUGAAUACCGUAUUUUGUGAUGCAACCUCAUUGUUGAAAUCAGAGCUCCUUCUAAACUUGAUGAUUCUCCUGUUUAUUACUUGUGAAAAGCCUUUAAUGUAAUAUUUUGAUAAAUUAUCUUUAGUGUAGUUAAAACUUCUCAUAUUAAUUUUAUUUGGAACAAAGACACUGGUGUUACACUUAUUAACCUCUUUUGUCAAUAUAUUGUACAACCUCUUUUUGCCAAAGGAAAAGCACUUGGUCUUUUAUUUUCAACUGUAUUUAUGCCUAGGGACUGAAGUCCUCCAUGAAAUUCAAAUUCAAAUGCAGUUCAAAACUACUUUAUUAAUUCCUAAGGCAAAUUAAAUGAGACAAAUUUUGUCUGGUAAGCAAUUUUUGUUCUGAUUUGGUCAGAAAUUUUGGAUAAUCCUCAUGCUGAAAGAUUUUAGUUUUACUUAGCAAGGACAAAUAUUUUUUGUAGAAAAUAUCCUUAUUUUUUCAACGGGAUUUAGAAUAAAUAUAACAAGGUUCCUACGGCCUUUGGAAGAGAAACAGGACCACAGCAUGACGGGUCCUUUACCAUACUUCACAUUAAGUAUGACGUGCUUUCCCACACUAUACUGCAAUAAUUCUAACUGUGAGCUUUUUUGCCCUUACCAUCUCUCUUCAAUGCGUGGAAAAAAAUAUUUUCUUUUCCCCCUUUUUUAGGAGUAACUAAGAUAAAUAGGUCUCAGUGUCAUGUCAUAUGUAAACAGUUUUCUGGCAAAAGUCGUCCAAUUUUUAUCUAAAAUGUCCUGGUAUUUUAAGCAGUUUGUGAUCCCUUGCAGUUUAUUAAGUUUCCCUCGCCUGUGAGAAGAGAAACCAGGCCUUAAAGAGUCUCAGUAGGGUGCUUUUCCACACUUUGCUGGAAUUAACUUUAGAUUUUUUUUGUCCACCCAGCUUACUAUUCUCCCUGUGUGUGGAAUGUUCUCUUGUUUUCCCAUUUUUAAGGAAAAGCAAAGAGAAACAAGCUUCAGCGUCGCUUCCUACUCUUUUGAAAACAGAAUGUAAUGAUGAAUAAAUGAACUUUAAGCAACAUAAAUAAAAAUCUAAUUGGAAAA